AUGUUGGCUUCUGUUCUGGUCACCCUGGCGGGACUCAUCUCCUUGAGCACAGCGGGAUAUGUGCUGGAGGAUGACUACAGCGUAGAUCAAUUCUUUUCCAUGUUUGAUUUUUUCACGGACCCGGAUCCGACGAAUGGGUAUGUGCAAUAUGUGGACCAGAACACUGCACAGCGCGGCGGCCUCAUAAACACCGACAGCGGCGCCGUCUAUAUGGGUGUUGACCAUACAAAUGUUGCGUCUGGUUCCGGCCGUCAAAGCGUCCGCCUGACAAGCAAAAAAUCUUACAACCACGGUCUCAUUAUUCUCGACCUUUCCCAUAUGCCAGGUGGAAUCUGUGGUGCUUGGCCUGCCUUUUGGACUGUCGGACCCAACUGGCCGAAUGCAGGAGAAAUCGACAUCAUCGAGGGUGUCAACUUGCAAACUUCCAAUGCUAUGACCCUACACACCAACGCUGGGUGCAGCAUCUCUAACAACGGCAUGUUUUCAGGCUCGGUAGCCACGUCCAACUGCGAUAUCAAGGCUGCGGGCCAAGCAACCAAUGCGGGCUGCUCAAUCUCGACUCCCAACGACGCCACUUACGGAACAGGAUUCAACGAUGCUGAAGGCGGUGUAUACGCCACUGAAUGGACCUCGUCUGCCAUCAGCAUCUGGUUCUUUUCGCGCUCAGCCAUCCCCUCAGACAUAUCCUCGGGGUCACCCGACCCGGGCAACUGGGGGCAACCUCUGGCUUCGUUUGGCGGAAGCUGCAAUAUCGACGAGUUCUUCAACAACCAGCAGAUCGUCUUUGACACGACCUUUUGCGGCGACUGGGCUGGCAAUGUAUGGGAUUCUGACCCCGUGUGCAAAUCUAAAGCGUCCACCUGCGAGAGCUACGUCCAAAACAACCCAUCGGCGUUCCAAGAUGCGUUCUGGACCGUCAACUCUCUCAAGGUCUUCCAGGGCAGCGGUAGCCAGGGUCCCAACGCCACUGCGCCAUUCCCAUCGUUCUCGUCGCAUGCGCCCACUGCCUCUGUCAGCAUUCCUGGUGCACCGCCAGGACCGCCGCCCGUCGGCCCUACCCAAACGAGCUUCUACUCAGCUCCUACAACGGGUUUCAGUCGUGGUGGUAAUGGCCGCCAUACCAAGACGUUCGGCACUUAUGAAGCCACAGCGGCAAACUUUGUGGCUGUGCCAACUACAGCGUCAGGGGCGGCGGCGUCGUCUGUGGCGUCGUUCGACGGGCAAGUCUCUUCCAUGACAGUUGGACCACCAGUUGUCGCUGUGGUCUCGUCGGACGGCACCGUCAGCGAAGCUCAAGAAUCCGCUGCCUCGCCACCCGCCACCACCCCUACCACUCCGGCCGGGUCUUCGGACAACAACGAGAAGAACAACGCCCCCGCCGCCUCUGCCCCCGUCACAUGUACGACCGUCAGCGCCCUAGGCUACGAGGACUUCCAGAGCUGGGAAGGGGACAAGAAGAGCCGGCGCGAGGCAGGUCCGGAGCCUGGCAUCUUGUCCUCGUCCGUGGAAAUGCUGCCUUUCCUCAAUGAGGCACACGCCAAGCGCCACUUGACUCGGCACGGGCGCCGCGACAUACACCGCCACCUGUUCAGACACGGUGCUGCGGCGGCUGGUCCGGGAAGUGACGAGUGA